AUGCCACUCUCCGACAAGGACGCAGAAAAGGCAAUCAGGGCCAGAUACGAACCGCUAGCAAGGACCGCAUUCAGCAUCAUUUACACAGAAAAGGGCAACACCGAGUCAGUCCUCAAAGCCGGGGGCUUUUGGAUUGACGGCGAAGUGUACGACAAGCCGGCCUUUGCCGAAAAUACAAGCGACCACCUGAAGCGUGAAGUUACGGUUUACGACGCCCUCAGGCCGCACCCACAUAUCACGGCCUGCCUUGGCCUGGAACUGCUGCCCGGCACCAGCGAGGCUUGGGCGCUACGACUCGAGCGCUCCCCAUGGGGCGACUUGCGCAGCUAUAUCCUGAAGCACACCGCGCCCGACAUGUGUGACCGGUUGAAGGUGGCCGUGGACUUUGCAACCGCCGUUCAACACCUCCAUGACCGUGGCGUCAUCUGGGGGGAUCUGUCGACACGGAAUGCGAUCGUCUUCGAUGGUCUCAACAUCAAGCUCUGUGAUUUUUCCGGGUCGAGUCUGCGGAAUCCACGAUACUGGCCACCGAUGCCGGUUGCCGAGGCGCCUGCCGACGGGAGCGUGGAGCUAGAGUUGUUCGCGCUUGGGACUGCAAUCUGCGAGAUUACAGAAUGGGCUGUGCCGUACGGUCGUCCGGAAGAAGUGGAUGAGGAUGCUGUUCAGCGGAUGCUGGCAAGGGGGGAGUAUCCUCAUGUGUCGGACGAUAAUCCAGCGAGGGAUGUCAUCUGGAGGCUGUGGCGUUUAGAGUACCGUUCGGGUGGAGAUGCCGUCAAGGAUUUGAAGGCCAUCUUGAAUAGCCUCGCCUUAUGUCGUUCUGCUUCUCCGAGGGAAGGUAAUCAAGGCUCCGCCGCGGACAGUCAGGGCCGAGACACCGAUCGACCCGACCGUUGA